CAACAACUACAUUGGCUACACCCUAAUUUAUUUAUUUCAUCUGUUUUGGGACGGUUUGGCGGAGACUCCAAACUGAACAAAGAUACAGUACAUAUCUCCUGUCUGUAAUCAUCUUCCCUCCUGCCAAGCAGCACAGCUCCACCCUCUUACCCUGAGCUGAGCAACACAAUUCUCAGGCAGGCAGGCUACAUCCCUCACCUCACCUCACCAGCGACCGUCUCCACGACGUGCGGCGGUGGGCGGGGAGACGGCCGCCGGUGACGAGAGGACCGAUGCUCGUGGCCCUCAGCGCGGCGCGGUGGGUGGUGGGCAAGGCGCUGGCCCCUGUAGCCGAUGGCUUGCUGGAGGCUUGGGAUGCCAGCAAGCGCCUGGGUCUCAACAUCGAGGCCCUGAGGACGGAGCUGCUGCUCGUGCAGGCCACCCUCGAAGCCGCCAGCCGCAAGCAGAUCGACGGCCCGGCCUUGGAGGAGCUGCUGGGGAAGCUGCGGCACUCGGCGCACUCCGCUGAGGACUUGCUGGACGAGCUGGACUACUUCCGCAUCCACGACGAGCUCCACGACACGUACGACGCCGCCGACCAGCAUGCCAAGGGAUGCCUCCAUGACCUUGCCCUCAACGCUCGUCACACCGCCAAAGCUGUGCUUGGUUUAUCUGCGUGCUCGUCUGCUGCCUGUUGUCCCAAUGAACCCGGAGAAGUGGAAGAUGCCAGACAACAACAGGCCAGCUGUUGCACUUGGCCACGUGGUAGGCAGAGGUCUCGCGGCGAUUCCUCCUCGACGCCAAACACCAAUCAGGUUGAUGAGGACGGCGGGUGCAUGCUCAAGCUCGGUAAACUCCUCCCUUGCUCAUAUUUGCCGCGUGUUCGUGAUGAUCAUUCUGGCCAGCCAACUCACUCUGGCGCGCCACGGAGAGCAGCACCAAUGCUGGGGUUUAAUAGGGUUGAUGUCUCUGAAAGAAUGAAGCGUGUCAUAGAGCAAUUGCAGCCUGUGCGUACGGAGGUUGCCAAGGUUCUGCAGAGUUGUGGCCGUACGAUUGUCCCAGAUAUUGCCAAGAGUCGUCCCAUCACCACCGGUCAGAGCAUAGAGCCAAAACUGUAUGGGAGGGUCCAUAUCAUGAAUGGCAUCAUACAUGAUAUGACCAAGGGUAGAUACCAUAGCAAGGAUCUAACUGUGCUUCCGAUUGUCGGUCCAGGGGGGAUAGGGAAGACAACUCUGAUACAACACAUAUAUAGAAACCAACAGGUUAGAAAUCAUUUUCAAGUUGUUAUUUGGGUGUGCGUGUCACUCAAAUUCAAUUUGAAUAAACUUUUGGAAGAGAUCGAAACAUAUAUCCCUCGUGUUGAAGGGGAAAAAUAUGGCAGGGUGGAAGAGCUGAUUGAGCAGAGAUUAAGAUCUAAAAGGUUUUUGCUUGUACUGGAUGAUAUAUGGGAGUUUAGUGACGAGGAUGAUUGGAAAAGGUUAUUGCUGCCACUCAAAACAUCACAAGAAAAAGGUAGCAUGAUCCUACUCACAACUCGGUUUCCAAUAAUAGCAAAGAUGGUUAAAACAACUGAUUAUAUAGAGUUGGAGGGAUUAGAAUCCGAACAAUUUAGGAAGUUAUUCCUUAGAUUUAUCUUUGGUGAUGAGCCCUUUAGAAGUGAUCAUAAUUUUUUGCUCGAUACCGGAGAUAAGAUAAUGGAAAAACUAAAGGGCUCCCCUCUUGCUGCAAAAACUGUUGGUACAUUACUGAGAAAGUGCCUUAAUUUGCGUCAUUGGAGAAGGGUUUUAGAAAGUAAAGAAUGGGAGAGACAAACCGGUGCCAAUGACAUUAUGCCUGCCCUGAAGCUUAGCUAUGACUAUCUUUCUUUCCAUCAACAACAAUGUUUCUUCUAUUCUGCACUAUUUCCGGAAGAUCAUGAGUAUAGUACCACUGAGCUAAUCAAUUUGUGGAUAGGACUAGAUAUUUUACAACCUGGUGUGCAGAAUCAAACAUUGGAAGGUGUAGGUUUAAUGAAUUUAAAUGAUCUGGUCACACAUGGAUUUUUCAAAGAAGAGGAAACUAAUGGUCGUGUGCGUUAUGUAAUGCAUGACCUGCUACAUGAUUUAGCACUAAAGGUUGGGUCUCAUGAAUGUCUUACUGUACAUCAGUCUAAUGUGGGGUCAGUAGAAAUUAAGCCAUCUAUUCGUCACUUGUCUAUAAUCAUUGAUGAUGAUCAUACAAUGUGUGAUGAAAACUUUAAGAGCCAAUUGAGAAAGCUGAAGACAAGAUUGAAGGUUAGAGAAUUGCAUACUUUGAUGUUAUUUGGAGAAAUGGACGAAAGCUUUUCCCACAUUUUGAAUGAUUUGUUUAAGGAAGCUAAUGCCCUUCGCUUUAUCCGUUUGGUUGACAUGUCGUCUUCUGUGGAGUUCAUAUUACCUAACAAUUCAGCACUUGUCCACCUACGGUACCUAUGUUUGGGGACAAAGUAUAUGAGGGAGAUACCACUUGCCAUUUCCAAAUUUUAUCAUUUAAGGAUUCUAGAUCUUGGAUGGUGGCAUGGCUGUUGCGAUGUGCCAAAAGACUUGAGCAACCUUGCAAAAUUGCGUCAUUUUUAUACCCCAAGUGAUGAGCUUCAUUCUCAUAUUUAUAAUGUGGGGAAACUUACACUCUUAGAAGAGUUGAAGGUAUUUAAAGUCAAUAAAGAAAGUGAAGGAUUUGAACCAAAGCAACUUGAGCAUUUGACGGAACUAAGGGAACUUGGCAUGUAUAACCUUGAGAAUAUACACACGAAAGAAGAAGCAACCAAAGCAAAAUUGAUUGAAAAAAAUUACUUGGAGAGGUUAACCUUAGAUUGGGAUACUGAGCGGUCUAAUAGCAAGCCUGAUGUGGAAGAGGUGGUUCUUGAGAGCCUUCAACCACAUAGAUAUCUUCAAGAGUUGUCUAUUAGAGGGCAUGGAGGCCCUUCCUGUCCAACAUGGCUAGGUGAUAAGCUCACGGUUGAAGGUCUUCAAUCUCUUCAUCUCAUCGGUGUUUCUUGGCAAUGUCUCCCUUCUUUUGGGAAGAUGUGGGAUCUUCGUACAUUAAUAUUGAAGCAUAUUGCUGCAACAAAGGAGUUUGUUAUAGAGCAAACCUUCUGUGGGCUAAGAAGGCUUGAACUUGUUGGACUGGCAAACUUUGAGAAAUGGGUACCAUCACAGGAUGCUCAUCAUGUGUUUCCUCUUUUGCAAGUACUGAUUAUUAGAGACUGCCCUAAACUCUUGGAGUUGCCAUUUUCAAACCACAUUGUUGAUCAAGAUUGGAGCAUUGAUUGGUUUCCCAAAUUGCAAGAGCUUCAGAUAGAGAACUGUCCGGAAUUCUUGUUAGUGGCUCAUAUCCCUUGGACUGAAACUCUCCAUUCUGUAAAAAUACGAAGCGUAAAACUACUAGAGAAGUUUGAGUACUCAAAAUCAUCCUACAGAGCAGGAUUGGAGAUUGUUGGAAAGGGUGAUCUACAGAUGUUAGAUCAGGUGUUAGCAUUCAAUAACCUGACAGGUCUUGAGCAGCUGAUGCUAUCCACUGGCUCGUUUUCCUCCCCUUGCUGCUUCAUUUUCCCGCCCUCUCUGCAAUACCUUAUUAUUUCCGGUGUGGAAGGUAUGGGGACACUGGAGCCGCUCUCAAACCUCACCUCUCUCACCCGAUUAGUAUUGGAGAACUGUGGAGAGGAUCAAAGCUGCAAGGGCCUGGGACCUCUCCUUGCCGUCGGGGGACAGCUCAGAGAAUUACUCAUCUAUGGCAGCCCUAGAUUCUUUGUUGGAUGGGAUCCCAAUCCCAGGCAGGUGCUGCAGGAUGGAGGAGGAGAAGAGCAUGAGCUGCUUGUUUCCACCCCAAAUUCAUCAAAACUGCAGGAGCUUUGUACGGAUGAGGCCAUGGGACUCCUUGUUGUGCCCAUCUGUAGCUUCCUGUCUUCCUCCCUCACCCGCCUGCAUCUCUAUGGAAACCAAAAGAUGAAGUGCUUCACCAAGGAGCAAGAGGGCGCCCUUCACCUCCUCGCAUCCCUCCAGGAGCUCGAGUUUUCGAUGUUCGACAAGCUUCAGAGCCUCCCUGCAGGGCUGCACAAGCUGACCAGCCUCAGACGAUUAGAGGUCCGCUCAUGUCCGUGCGUCCGGUCGCUGCCCGAGGAUGGCCUCCCCGAAUUACUGCAACAGUUAGAUGUCUGGCUCUGCAACAAUGAGGAGCUAAAACAGCAGUGCAGGGGGUUAGCGGGAACCAUCCCAAAAAUCAAUUAGGCUGAUCCAAGGCAUUUGCCUUGGUCCUUGUCCAUUCUUCUAGCCUUGUGGAGCAUAGAGACGUACUUGCAUGUCAUGCCGACCUUGUGGUCACCUUCUUCCUCUUCCUAUACAUAAAUCUGGUCCUAGUUCGUGUUAGGACCAAAGUUUUGCAUUCAUAUUUGGGUUCUUUUUGUUUAUAUAUCGAUGCCUGGUAGUCUACUCGGCUAGUUUGGGUGUCGGGAUCAUCAUAUCAUGGAAUAAGUACGGAAUAAAUGAGACUAUUGGAUCAUUCUACUGAUAUUGAGGUUAGCCAUUUAUUCACACACUGGAUCGGAAGAUGGUGGCAUUCCGGUUCCGGUGUAAUGCUCCUCCUUGGGCCGGGGUAUUGUCCUUGGAAUGGACACCGGUUGGAGGGAGCAGUGGAUGUCUGGGGUGACGGGGUUGUCAUGUCGGUGGUGUUGUAAGACUUUUUUUUGCGGGGAAAGUGUUGUAAGACUUCUGAGGCAACAACAACAACAGCAACGAUGAGCGAUGUUGGGGGUCACGAUAUAGGCCAAGGUAGUCAACUCUUUUUUGACGUGCCCAUUGGUUUGUCUAAGGUUAUGUGUUGUUGUGAAGUUGGAGUUGUGGCGGCAGACGCCGGAUAGCGGCGUUGAUGAUGGGGCAGUAGGUGUCUGCAGAGGCCGGGUAUAUACUCAUGGUCUUCUGCAUCCUCUUGAUGCUUCAUUACAAGUUAAUAAAAUGGAUUUUUUUAUUUUUAAAAAAUGGCAUAUUCGAUGAUAUCCAUGACACCGGUCUUGCAUAUUUUCACUUCAUUGAUU